AUGCAAGCCUAUAUACACACCAAUAUAGUAUACACACCCAUGUGCAAAAACACAUAUUCACCAUAUACAGAGACACGCGGAAGCGAUUCUGUUUAUAUAUUUUCCGACCAAUCACGUCAAACUGGAAACAAUGACGUCAUUAAUAACUACAACAACGAUGAUAAUAACAAUAAUAAUAUUAAUAAUAACAAUGAUAAUAAUGAUAAGGAUAAUAAUAACAACAAUAAAGAUAUUAAUGAUGAUGAUGAUGGUGGUGGGGGUGUUAAACACAUUAAGAGAGUUAUAAAUAGGAAUGAUUACCAUAAAACUGGUAGUAGCAGCAACAACCACAACAACAACAACCACAACAACAAUAAUAAACAUUCGAAAAUUGAUGACAAAAGAGACGCCGACGAGAACCUCAAUGCCAGUGUUAAGAAUUUUCACGGUCUGAUCUUCGAAUCAGAAAACUACUUUCUAGUCGGGGCCAGGGAUUCUCUGUACAACCUAUCCAAGUCGACGCUAGAAGUUAACAAGAAAUACCACUGGCCCACCGCUGAAACGGAGAAGGCCACUUGUAGUAUUGUUAACCAACACCUUAUGGAUUAUUGUAGCAAUUACAUUAACGUCAUUGUCGAGAAUGUAUCGUCAUCAUCGUCGUCAUCAUCGCCGAAUGAUUUUGUAAUAUGUGGCACCUACUCAACUAAACCGAAGUGUAGAAAAUUGAAUUACGAUAACGAGCUUGGUGAGUACGUGCUAUCGGAGCAGCUGGCCAGCGGUACCGGUGUCAGUCCUCCAGCUCCUAUCUACAACUCAACUGCUCUCUUCUAUAAUCCAAGCUUCGUGGGCUCCCUCGGCUACAAAGAGCACGCGUAUUUCUUCUUCAGGGAAACAGCCGUCGAGAGCAUGAACUGUGGCAAGACGGUCUUCAGUCGGGUGGCCCGCGUCUGCGCCAACGACAGGGGCGGUGGCGCCACCUGGUCCAAUAGGUGGACCUCGUUUGCUAAGGCCCGACUUAACUGCUCGGUUCCUGGGGAAUUUCCCUUCCAUUUUGACGAGAUACAAUCCAUAUCAGAGCUGAGUAGGGGUACCGUCUAUUCGAGACCCAUGUUCAAUCAGGGCGAUGAUAUUAUAUAUGCCGUUUUCAGUACACCAGUGAACAGUAUGCGAGGUUCGGCCGUAUGUGCCUUCAGGAUGGCGGAUAUUGAGAGCAGUUUUGGGGGGCUUUACAAGGAGCAGAAGGACCCAUUGUCCUUAUGGCUGCCAGUCAAAGCACUAGUUGAGUCUCACCCUGGACGUACGUGCGCAGAGGACUCGAGGAAGUUGGCAGAGCAGGUGAUCAACUUCGUGCACACGCACCCCCUCAUGUACGAGGCUGUGCCCUCUUUUGGCGGGAGGCCAAUCCACGUUCACUCCAGUUUCAAACGUGCCUUAACACAAAUAGCUGUUGACUGGAACGUUCUGUCAGCUGACGGUUUCUACAGGGACAUUCUAUUUAUAGGAACAGCCACUGUCACCAUCAUCUUCGUCCUCCUCAUCUUCCUCAUCAUCAUCGUCGUCAUCAUCAUCAUUACCGUCGGCAUCUCCGAUUUCUGGAUUGAAGAUAUAUACAGACCCGAAGACGAAUACCAAAAAGUUGCUGGUCGCGUCCGACAACCAGAUCGUGUCUGUGCCACUUUUCAGAUGCCAUGA